GAGGAGGAGGCGGAGGAGGUCGGGGAGAGAAAAGACUCUAAAAAGUCAGUCAUGGUAUGAGGUUAGCGUGAAAGCCGGAGGAGCGUCUACUUGCAACAGAAGCCCGUUGAUAUUUAAACCGUGAGGAGGAGGAGGAGAAGAAGAAGGACAAGAGGGAAAAGGGAAAGGGAAGCCCGGAGAAAGCGAGAGAAAAGCGGGGUACAAGAUGCAGCUGGCCGCGGUGCUGUGGGGCUCCCUGAUAACUUUGCUGCUCAGCCAGAGUCCAGGAGUCCAGGGCAGCGCUGAGUGUUCGUGUGGGAGGAACCACUUCACGUGUGCGGUCAGUGCAUUUGGGGAGUGUACCUGCAUCCCGGCCCAGUGGCAGUGUGACGGAGACAACGACUGCGGGGACCACAGCGACGAGGACGGAUGCAUGCUUCCCACCUGCUCACCGCUGGACUUCCACUGCGACAACGGCAAAUGUAUCCGCCGCUCGUGGGUGUGUGACGGAGACAACGACUGCGAGGAUGACUCCGAUGAACAGGACUGUCCUCCCAGAGAGUGUGAGGAGGAUGAGUUUCACUGCCAAAAUGGCUACUGUAUUCGCAGCCUGUGGCACUGCGAUGGAGACAACGACUGUGGGGACAACAGUGACGAACAGUGCGAUAUGCGUAAAUGUUCGGACAAGGAGUUCCGCUGCACAGAUGGCAGUUGUAUUGCUGAACACUGGUACUGUGACGGAGACACGGACUGUAAGGACGGAUCGGACGAGGAAAACUGCCCCUCAGAUGUGAUGGCAGCCACCUGCAGCGUGGAAGAGUUCCAGUGUGCGUACGGCCGCUGCAUCCUGGACAUCUACCACUGCGAUGGAGACGAUGAUUGCGGAGACUGGUCGGACGAGUCGGACUGCUCUUCACACCAGCCCUGCAGAUCAGUUGAAUUCAUGUGCAGCAGCGGGAUGUGCAUCAAUGCGGGCUGGAGGUGUGACGGCGAAUACGACUGUGACGACCAAUCAGACGAGAAGAACUGCACCACAUCCAUGUGCACGGCUGACCAGUUCCGCUGUGGAACUGGACGCUGCGUCCGGCUGUCGUGGAGGUGCGAUGGCGAGCCCGACUGCUCCGACCGCAGUGAUGAAGAGGGCUGCGAGAAAACUGAGAGUCCUCCAUGUGCUCCUGACCAGUUCCAGUGUGGGAAUGGACGCUGUAUCGGUCAGAGGAAGGUGUGUAAUGAGGUCAACGACUGCGGAGACGGGACUGACGAACUCCCACACCACGACUGCCGUCCACGCUCCAGCGAGGGCAACUGUAACCAGAAUAACGGAGGCUGCUCCCAGAAGUGUCAGAUGGUCAGAGGUCUGGUCCAGUGCACCUGUCACACUGGAUACCGACUGAUGGACGACGGCAAAGCCUGCCAGGAUGUGGACGAGUGUGCUGAAGAAGGCUACUGCAGCCAGGGCUGUACCAACACAGAGGGGGGGUUCCAGUGCUGGUGCGUUCAGGGCUACGAGCUCCGACCUGACAAGCGCAGCUGCAAAGCUCUCGGUCCGGAGCCGGUUCUGUUGUUUGCCAACCGCAUCGACAUCCGUCAGGUUUUGCCGCAUCGCUCCGAGUACACUCUGCUGCUCAACAACCUGGAGAACGCCAUCGCGCUGGACUUCCACCACAGCCGCGAGCUGGUCUUCUGGUCCGACGUGACGCUGGACCGCAUCAUGAAGGCCAACCUCAACGGCUCCAACGUGGAGGAGGUUGUCUCCACCGGUCUGGAGAGCCCAGGUGGUCUGGCCAUAGACUGGAUCCAUGACAAGUUGUACUGGACAGACUCGGGGACGUCCCGUAUCGAGGUGGCCAACCUGGACGGGACGCAUCGCAAGGUGCUGCUGUGGCAGAACAUGGAGAAGCCCAGAGCCAUCGCACUGCACCCCAUAGAGGGUAAAAUCUACUGGACAGACUGGGGAAACACACCCCGUAUCGAGUACGCCAAUAUGGACGGCUCCAACAGGCGGGUCAUCGCCGACACACACCUGUUCUGGCCCAACGGCCUCACCAUCGACUACGCCGGCCGCCGCAUGUACUGGGUGGACGCAAAGCACCAUGUCAUCGAGAGGGCCGACCUGGAUGGACGCAACCGCAAGGCCGUCAUCAGCCAAGGCCUGCCUCACCCGUUUGCCAUCACCGUGUUUGAGGACAGCCUCUACUGGACCGACUGGCACACCAAGAGCAUCAACAGCGCCAAUAAAUUCACCGGCAAGAACCAGGAGAUUAUUCGUAACAAGCUGCACUUCCCCAUGGACAUCCACACACUGCACCCUCAGAGGCAGCCUGCAGGUGGCAGGAACCGCUGCGGCGCCAACAACGGCGGCUGCAGCCACCUUUGUCUCCCCAGCAACAAGACGCACACCUGCGCCUGUCCCACCGGCUUCAAGAAGGUGGACCACAGCAACUGUGCAAACGGUCUUGACAAGUUCCUGCUUUUUGCCCGAAGGACGGACAUCCGACGAAUCAGCUUCGACACAGAGGACAUGUCCGAUGAUGUCAUCCCUCUGGCUGAUGUGCGCAAUGCCGUGGCGCUGGACUGGGACGCCAAAGACGGCUACAUCUACUGGACGGACGUCACCACCGACUCCAUCAACAGAGCCCUGUGGAACGGCACCAAGCAGGAGGUGGUGGUGGACACCAGUCUGGAGAGCCCAGCAGGUUUGGCAAUUGACUGGGUGACCAACAAACUGUACUGGACUGAUGCUGGUACGGAUCGUAUCGAGGUGUCUAAUGCAGACGGGAGCAUGCGGACCGUCCUGAUUUGGGAGAACCUGGACCGACCCAGGGACAUUGUCGUUGACCCGAUCGGAGGUUUCAUGUACUGGACCGACUGGGGUGCCAACCCGAAGAUCGAGCGUGCAGGAAUGGACGCCUCCAGUCGGAUCGUCAUCAUCUCGUCUAAUCUGACUUGGCCCAACGGACUCGCCAUUGACUACGAGACCAAACGGCUGUACUGGGCUGACGCUGGCAUGAAAACUAUCGAAUUUGGGAACUUUGAUGGUUCUGACCGUCAGGUUUUGAUUGGCAGUCAGCUGCCUCACCCCUUUGGCCUGACUGUACACGAGGACAAGCUGUACUGGACAGACUGGCAGUCUAAGAGCAUCCAGAGCGCUGACAAGCUCACGGGCUUGGGGCGACAAACGCUGGCUGAAAACCUGGAGAACCUCAUGGACAUUCACAUGUUCCACCGACACCGCGACACAGUGCGCAACCCGUGUGCGGUGAAUAAUGGAGGAUGCAGCCACCUCUGUCUCCUGGCGCCUGCUCCCAAAGCCUCCAGCUGUGCCUGUCCCACCGGGAUCAACCUGCAGUCAGAUGGAAAGACCUGCACGCCUGGGAUGAGCAGCUUCCUGAUCUUUGCACGGAGGACCGACAUCAGGAUGGUUUCUUUGGAUAUCCCGUACUUCGCUGAUGUGGUUCUGGCCGUUAACAGCUCCAUGAAAAACACCAUCGCCAUCGGGGUCGAUCCCAAAGAAGGAAAGGUGUAUUGGUCUGACAGCACACUGAAGAAAAUCAGCCGAGCCAACAUCAACGGAAAAGCACAAGAAGACCUCGUAACUACAGGGUUGGUGACGACUGAUGGUCUGGCGGUGGAUGCUGUUGGCAGGAAGAUCUACUGGACAGACACGGGAACCAACCGCAUCGAGGUUGCCAACCUUGACGGCUCAAUGAGGAAAGUUCUCGUCUGGCAAAACCUGGACAGCCCGCGAGCAAUUGCCCUCUACAAUGAAAUGGGUUACAUGUACUGGACCGACUGGGGAGAGCACGCUAAGCUGGAGCGCUCAGCGAUGGAUGGUUCAGACCGCGUGGUGCUCAUCAGCAACAACCUGGGCUGGCCCAACGGCCUGGCCAUCGACAUGGCUGGCUCACAGUUACUGUGGGCCGACGCUCACACUGAGCGCAUCGAGACGGCCGACCUGAACGGGCAGAACCGACACACCCUUGUGACUCCGGUCCAGCACCCGUACGGUCUAACCCUGCUGGGCUCUCACAUCUACUGGACCGACUGGCAGAGCCGCAGCAUCCAGAGAGCUGACAAGAACACCGGGACCAACACCAUCACGGUGCGAGCCAAUCUGCCGGGCCUGAUGGACAUCCAGGCUGUGGACAGGGAGAGGCCACUGGGUUUUAAUAAGUGUGGCAGGAGGAACGGGGGCUGCACCCACCUGUGUCUGCCUCGUCCCAACGACACAUCCUGCGCCUGUCCCACCGGCAUCCUGCUCAAGGGAGACGGCAGGUCAUGUGACGACUCCCCGGAGUCGUACCUGCUCUUCUCCAACCGGGUCAGUGUGCGCAGGAUCUCCCUGGACACCAACGACCACACAGACGUGCAUGUGCCGGUGCCCGAGCUGCACAACGUCAUCUCACUGGACUACGACAGCGUGGACGGAAAACUUUACUACACCGAUGUCACUCUGGAUGUUAUAAGGCGUGCAAAUCUAGACGGCAGUGGCAUGGAGACGGUGAUCAGCCAGGGCCUGAAGACCACAGACGGCCUGGCUGUAGACUGGGUGUCCAGGAACAUGUACUGGACCGACACCGGGCGCAACACCAUCGAAGUGGCCCGUCUGGAUGGAACGAGCCGCAAAGUUCUAGUCAACAACAGUUUGGAUGAACCCCGAGCCAUCGCAGUGUUCCCAAGCAAAGGGUUCCUGUUCUGGACUGACUGGGGUCACAUCGCAAAGAUCGAGCGAUCUCACCUGGACGGCUCGGACCGAAAGGUUCUGAUCAACACUGACCUGGGCUGGCCCAACGGUCUCACUCUAGACUACUACACACGAAGGAUCUUCUGGGUGGACGCUCACCUGGACAGGAUCGAGAGUUCGGACCUGAACGGGAAACUGCGGCAGGUCCUCGUCAGCCCGGUGUCCCACCCGUUCGCCCUCACACAGUUGAAGCCGGUGUCCUCCCCUCUAACUCCUUUCUCCCGACUCUCGCAGCAAGACCGCUGGAUCUACUGGACGGACUGGCAGACUAAGUCCAUCCAGCGGGUGGACAAACACACCGGCCGUAACAAGGAAACGGUGCUGGCCAACGUGGAGGGCCUCAUGGACAUUAUAGUGGUAACACCUCACAGACAGACAGGUACCAACCUCUGUGGGGUGAACAACGGCGGCUGCACUCACCUGUGCUUCGCCAAGACCAACAGUUUUGUGUGCGCCUGCCCUGAUGAGCCAGAUGGGCGACCCUGCUCCACCAUUUCAGGUUACGUUCCCACCUCUCCUGCCAGAGGAACUAGCAGCACUCCUGUACCCAACAAGAUCCCCAAAGCUCCAACAGACACUCCACAUGGAGGACCCUCACCGGUCAACUGCACUGACAAGAACCUGAGCGUAGAAGGCUGCUUGAGCAACGUGGUGACGGCUCCUCACGGAGAAGGACUUCACAUCAGCUAUGUGAUCGGAGGAGUCCUGACCAUCCUGGCUAUUCUCAUCCUCAUUGCUGCUUUGAUUAUUUACAGACAUAAAAAGUCGAAGUUUGCUGACCCAGGAGUGAGCAAUCUGACCUACAGUAACCCCUCGUAUCGCACGUCAACACAAGAGGUCAAGAUCGAGACGUCGCAAAAACCACCAAUAUACAACCAGCUUCGAUAUAAGAAAGAGGGGGGAGUGGACGGAGGCUACACCAAGGAGAAGAUCCGUAUUGUGGAGGGCGUGUGUCUCCUGUCCAACGAGGAGCUUUACUGGGACGACCUAAAACAGAUCAAGCCGUCCCGAGGCGGCCUGCACACCUGCAUGCGCACAGACACCGUGUCCCUGCAGGCCAGCAGCGCCUCGCUAGAUGACGGCGAGACGGAGCAGCUCCUCCAGGAGGAAGCGUCCGAAUGCUCCUCCAUAACCACUCUGACCCCUUCAGCCAUCACCCCGCAGCGCCACGCCCAGCACAGCCUGCCCGACACCGGCUGGGCCUCAACGCGCAAGCCCUCCACCGAGAGCGAAGUGUGAGGGAGGCCCCCGCCCUCCGUUACCCAAUACACACAUAUACACACACACACACCUGUAUUUAUAGACGGUACAAACACACAAAGAUAAAUAGGUACAAACACAGUAACAGUUGCAUCAUAGAGUAACGGUACAAAUGAACCUGGUUAGACAUAACUAAGCUCCCAUAAACAUACUCCUGUCUCUGAAACUGGGGCUCCGUCCUACUUGUACACACACACACAUGCAGUGCAGUCCUCCAACAGUACCCUCAGUGCUACUGCCUUUAGGCAAAAUGAUAAACUAAUGAGCAUGCUGGAAUAAGAAAGAAAAGGACCCUGGGGAGGAAGUGAACAGAGAGACAUAAGCGUUAUCUGGAGCCUUUUUAAAGGAUGCAGACUCUCAACGUGACAAACGCUUCUCUGUGUACAACUUCACCUUUAUUUUUUGUGAACUUUUAUUUUUGGACGAGGCUAGAAUGACGUACUCCCCGGACGACGUACCCACAAUGCUCUCUCUAAUGCCACUCAUGUCUUUAUGAACACUAUUUAUGAACGUUUUUUGUACUUUGUGGAGUGGGUUUGCUGACUUUCAGAAAAUGGUGAGAGUGUUGUUUUUGUGCCGCAGGACCCGGGUAUUCAAGAGUUGUACUUAUAACAGUGCCAAAGGGUGGGGCUUCACAGAGUCUCCAUGCUUCUUUCAGCAUUUACACUUCAAUAGAAAUGUAUCUUAAUUAUGGGAUGUUUGUUUCGUUUGACUUUACUGACUUGCCCUCAUCAGCAGGAGCCCGCAGAGAUGACACCAUCUGCUUCUGAAUCCUUAUUUUACAGGUCGAGCAAGGACUUACUGUAGCUGGUACUCUCGGUUGGUUGCAGAAGUCCAUUCAUCCUUUGCAAAAGUUAACCUUAAAGGAGCCUUUAUUCUUUCUUCUUUUUUUUUUUUAAUUCAACCAUUGCUGAUCCUCGGGCAUAGCAGAGGAAGCCACGAUGAAGUAACAGCCUAAGUGCCAAACAUUUCGUUCCUUUUCCUCCUUCAGCUGUAUACUUAUUUUUCUCAGAGGUUUUAAAGAUGUUUAUGACAUUCUUUUUAUUUGGGUUUGGUCAUCCAAACUACAGAAAUAACAAAUUUUCUCAGACAUGUACCACUAGGGCUUUUCAGCCAUGCAGAUAGUUGUGAUUUUAUUUAGCCAGAUGUCAUGGGUUUUUAUUUUAAACUACUUUCCCGAAUCAAUCUUUCAUUGAGUAAUUCGUUAAUUAGCCUCUUAAAAAAUGUGAAACAUGUCCCUUUGUGGUUUAUUUUCCAGAUAAAGGAUUAUCUGUGACAGCACUUACUGUUAGAAUUUGAAGCUCUUUCAUUUUAGAAACUUUUUGUGCGCUAAACUACAACAAAACAAAAAACCCUUGAUUUGUUUCUUUCAUCACAGGAGUGUGUGUAAUAUGCAUUGUCAUCAUCAAUGUUCCCUUAUCCAUCUACUCCAACCUUUAAUCUGUAAUCUCAGAUUCUUAUACCUCCCACUUUGACCCACAACAGUAUUAGGCUUAGGUGUUAAAUUGUGGGUAUUUUUAAGGCUGAUAAACAAAAACAAGAAACUUCUGUUUUAACUGAUUGACUAAACUGAACAAGAUCAUGUUGAGAAAGGUAAUGUUGUAGGGUUUUUUCAAUAUUUGCUUUACUGCACAUGUCCGUAUGAUUUUCUUUCUUCUGCACCAUAAUCAUAAAGGUUUCAGGAAAAGUUUCAUAGGGAAGAAUAUAUUGAAAACCAAAAGUAUCUGCAUGGCACAACGCUCUUGGAGGUCAAUGAGAACUUCUGUUCUUUUUGUAAUUUGAGUUCUGAUCCAUCAACUCUAAAUCUGUAAUGCAAAGGUGUACUUGCAGUAUCUGCCACAGUACAGUAUAACAGAUGGGUCAUUUAGGAACACUGUGCAUGUCUGACCCCAUCAGGCAGUGAGGGUUAUAGUUUAGAAAUGUAUCACUGACAACUUACUGAAAAAUGAAUUUAAUACAAGUAAAGAUAUUAUGCAUUGCUUUAACUUUAGAGUACCAUUCUGUCUGUUGUUGAAAUAUGGUACGAGGAAAUACUAUAUUGCUAUAUUGACAAAUAUAUCGGUUAGACUUUAUAGAACCAUGUAUUUUGAAGUAUCUGCUACAAGCUCAGCAACUUGCUGAUUUGCUGCUAGACGAAGCACUGAGGCCAAUGAAAGAGGGUCUUGGCAGCUACAUAACUACGGUGUCUGACGGUUGGUUGACAGUAGGCCUACAGAGCAUCACAGUGACCCAGUAACCAAUCAUCCCGGCUCACAGUCCCUCCAACUCUGCUGCAGGAAUGCUUAAACUGUACAGAUUUUAUCAUGCGGAUAUAAGCAAACAUUUCUGUUGAAGAUAUUGUGUUGAUUAAGUUGUAUAGUCUUUUGUACAAAGGGAUUUCAUGACUGUUUUUAGACUUGUAUUAAUUUUACUCACUGGAGAAGAACAAUUUUUUUUGUUUUAUUUUUGCUGGAUUAUUUUAACCACUGUGUUUCCAAGCCUUGUAAAUGAUAGGGAAGAUGCCAGUUAUUUAAUAGUGCUCUUUUAUCUUAUGAAAUACUGGUCGCGUAUAGCUGUUGUAAAGUUAACAAAAAGAGGUAUUUAUGAUUUCUGUUUGGUUGUCACUUGAUGUGUAAAUAUGAAAAGACUGUAUAUGUAUUUCCAUGGCAGUACUAACAAGCUGUGUUGUGUGAUAUAGUGAAUGAUCCCUUUGCUAUCUUUUAAUAUAAAAUUGCAUUUGCAUUUCAAUGAAA